AUGUUUAAUAACAGUAAUAGUAAUAAUCGUUCUACCACUGGUGGUAGUUAUGACUUUAGUGUUAAUGAUGUAUGUGAUCGAUUAGAAAAAGAAUUUAAUCAUAUGCAAGGUGAACGUGCACAACUACGUAUUGAAUGUGAAAAAUUAAAUGCAGAAAAAAAUGAAGUACAAAGACAAUAUUGUCUUUAUUAUGAAAUGGCAUAUCGUUUAUCAUAUGAAAUGCAUAAACAAACAGAAAUAACUAAACGUUUAAUAGCAUUACUUCAUCAAAUCAUUCCUUAUUUAACACCUGAACAACAAUCACAUGCAUUACCUGCACUUGAACGUGCUAAACAAGUAACAAUGAAUGAUCUUAAUAGUGUCAUUCAACAACAAUUUCAUGCACAAGCAACAGCUCUUGCGCUUGCCUCGGCUUCAAAUGCUUCAGCACCAGGCGCCGGUAUGCCACCUAUACCUGGUGGUAUACCUGGUCUUGGUUCAGCACCUCAUCUUCAAUUACCCGGUCCACCAGGUCUUCCAGGUGCUGUUGCUGGUCUUCCACCAGGAAUGUUAAAUUAUACAUCAGUAUUAAGCAGUUUAGCUUCACAAUAUGCACCAGGAAUUAAAGAAGAAGGUGGCGGUUCAAUGGGAUCAAAAGAAAGUGCUUCAUCACCACGAGCAAAUAAUAAUGAUUUAUUAGGUACUAAACAUAGUAGUAGUAGUCGAUCAUCAACAAAUGGUAAAUCAUCUAAACAUCGACCACCAAGUACAAGUAGUAGUAUAUCAAAACCACCCAAACAAUCAACAGCUGAAAGUGAUGGUGAACGUAGUGAAUCUGAUUUAGUUAUUGAUACAAGUGUUGGUGGAAAUCAAAAACAUACAAAUGGCAGUAAUAAUUUAGGUAGUGGUCUUCUUUUACCUAAUGGUAUUAAAUCAGAAAUUGCUGAUAAUCUAACUGGUUCAGGAAGUGGAACUGGAAAUGAAACUAUGACACAUACACCGCCUGUAUCAGCAUCUAAUGGUGGUGGAAAUUCAUCAAGAAGUCGACGUGACCGAAGUCCUAUGUCCGAUAAAGAUGGUUCACAACGUGGAAGUUCAUCAUCAGCUAUUAAAAAAGAACGAAAUACUCCACAACCAAAUAAAGCUUUAACACCAAUUACAGGUGGUUCAUCAAAUAUGGGUACACCUCAAAUGCAACCUGGUGGACCAUUAGGUUUACCACCAGGAUUUGGUGGUGGACGUUUACCGCCGUCGGCUGCAUUUGGUUUCAAUACAGGUCCAUUUUCUUCUCCUGAAGCAUUAGCAGCUGCAGCUGCUUUUGGUGCACUUGGUCCACAGCAUGCCAAUGCAUUAAAUCCAUUUAAUCCAUUUGGUCAUCCAUUUGCGCCAGCAGAAGUUGCUCAAGCAAUGGCUAUGGCAGCUCAACAUCAACAUGCUCAACAAAUGGCACAAGCACAAGCAGCUGCUCAAGCUCAAGCAUCAGCAAUUGCUGCCGCACAACGACAACAACACCAUCAACAACAGCAACAACAACAUCAACAACAACAACAGCAGCAGCAACAACAACAGCAACAACAACAACAACAGCAGCAACAACAACAACAUGGGGCAAAUAAUCAUCAUCAUCAAUUAAUGAAUCAAGCAUAUUCAUAUUUUACUACAAGUGAUUCACAAGGAAAUCCAGUAACAACACCAGUGAAUAUGACACCUGAAGCAUUAACUGGUUCUAAUAUACCAACAUCAGCUCGUGAACUUGCAACUUUAAUGCAUGGAGAAGUUGUUUGUGCAGUUACGAUCAGUGAAGCAUCAAAACGUAUUUAUACUGGUGGAAAAGGUUGUGUAAAAGUUUGGGAUCUUAAACAAACGGGUACAAUACGAACUCCACUAUCAUAUUUUAAAUGUCUUAAUGAUGAUAGUUAUAUACGUUUUUGUAAAUUACUUUCUGAUGAUCGAACACUUAUUGUUGGUGGUGAAGCAAAUAUUAUUUCAAUAUGCGAUUUAUCAGCAGUUACAGGUGGUUCCGCAAGUAAUACACGUUCAUCAACACCAAAUUCUAAUGCAUCAUCACCUGCACCAUCAAAUCAUCCACCAUCAUCAACAUCACCAAGAAUUAAAGGUGAACUGAAAUUAAAUGCACCAGCUUGUUAUGCACUUGCACUUGGUCCACAAGAUUCUAAACUUUGUUAUUGCUGCUGUUCAGAUGGUUCAAUUGCUAUUUAUGAUAUUCAUAAUCAAUCAUUAGUUAAAUCAUUUGUUGGACAUACUGAUGGUACAUCAUGUAUUGAUAUUGCUCCAGAUGGUCGUACAAUGUGGACUGGUGGUUUAGAUAAUACAGUACGUUGUUGGGAUCUUCGCAAUGAUUAUGCUCCAUUACAAACAUAUGAAUUUGAUUCACAAAUCUUUACAUUGGGUUAUUGUCCAACAGGUGAAUGGCUUGCUGUUGGAAUGGAAUCUUCAACAGUUGAAUUAAUUAAUAUAUCAUCAGCAACGAGUAAUUCAUCUAGUCCAUCAAUGAAAAAAUCUCAUGAUAAAUAUACAUUAAGUUUACAUGAAAGUUGUGUUUUAGCACUUAAAUUUGCUCAUCAAGGUAAAUGGUUUAUAUCGGCUGGUAAAGAUAAUUAUAUUCAUUGUUGUCGAACACCAACUGGCCUUCUUUUAUUUCAAUCAAAAGAAUCAUCAAGUGUACUUUGUUGUGACAUAUCAGCUGAUGAUCGAUAUAUUUUAACAGGCUCAGCUGUUGCUUUAGUUAUUGUGGUACUUAUCUUUGUGGUGAUGAUGAUAUUUUCUGGUUUUAUAGUUGAUUUGAGUAGUUUAUAUAGUUGGAUAGGCUGGCUUAAAUGGUUGAGUGCUUUUCGAUAUGCAUCGAAUCUGUUAACAAUCAAUGAAUUUCGUGAUAUCACUUUUUGUUUGGCUAAUAUGACAUCAGUUUGUCCAACCAAUGGAACGGAUAUAUUAAAAAGUAAACAAAUUGAUUAUGGAUCAGAUUGGGAUCAAUGGAAAGAUGUUUUAGCAUUAGGAGCAAUGGCUGUUGCUUUUUUUGUUUUUGCUUUUAUUCAACUUAUCAGAAUGAAAAAGACCAAAUAA